AGCACGCUAAUUUCUAAAGCGGAGGGCGAGGAAGUGGGUCCCUUACCGCUUCUGGGCCUUUUCCAUGUUGAAUCUGGCGCUGUCAAUGUCCAGGCUCAGCGAGGGGCCCAGAAGGGGCGGAGAGGGCUGGGGCGGUAGUUUAAUUACGUCCCGGGGAAUCGCGACGGCGGGGACUCUGGCGACGGGGCGAAUGCUUAGAAAAGGGGGAAGGGUCACUGCCGUGGCGUGGGGCCGGGGCAGAGCGAGGUGAACGCGCCGAUUUGGAAGCCGAGGACUGUGAGCGUUCCGUCUGCCCCUCGCCCAGCGCGCCCGCGGCCGGCAGGCGUCUCGGGACCCGCGGAGAACAUGGCGGCGCCCGGAGCCCGCGGCUGCAGCCUCUCGGGCCUGCUGCCGGCGCAGACCUCGCUGGAGUACGCGCUGCUCGACGCUGUCACCCAGCAGGAGAAGGACAACCUGGUCUACCAGUACGUGCAGAAGGUGGACGGCUGGGAGCGGGACCUGGCGGUGCCCGAGUUUCCGGAAGGAUUAGAGUGGCUGAACACAGAAGAGCCUAUUUCCAUCUAUAAGGAUCUAUGUGGAAAAGUCGUCGUCCUUGAUUUCUUCACCUACUGCUGCAUCAACUGUCUUCACCUAUUUCCUGAUCUCCAUGCGUUAGAACGGGCAUACUCUGAUGAAGAUGGUCUUCUGAUUGUUGGUGUUCACUCGGCCAAGUUUCCAAAUGAAAAAGUCCUGGACAACAUUAAGAGUGCUGUUCUUCGAUACAACAUCACCCAUCCUGUGGUUAAUGAUGCAGAUGCCAGCCUAUGGCAAGAACUGGAAGUUUCCUGCUGGCCAACUCUGGUCAUACUUGGACCCCGUGGAAACAUGUUAUUUUCUUUGAUUGGCGAGGGACACAAAGAUAAAUUAUUUUUAUAUACUUCAAUAGCUUUAAAGUAUUACCAAGACAGGGGACAGAUUAAAGACAAUAAAAUUGGCAUAAAACUGUAUAAAGAUUCUUUGCCACCUUCACCAUUGCUGUUUCCUGGCAAAAUAACAGUAGACCAUGUUACUAAAAGAUUGGUAAUAGCAGACACUGGACAUCACAGAAUUUUGGUCGUUUGGAAAAAUGGACAAAUUCAAUACAGCAUUGGAGGACCCAACCCUGGAAGAAAAGAUGGAAUAUUUUCUGAGUCAACUUUUAAUUCUCCACAGGGUGUAGCCAUAAAGAAUAAUAUCAUAUAUGUGGCGGACACUGAAAACCACCUUAUAAGGAAGAUUGACUUAGAAGCUGAGAAGGUGAGCACUGUCGCUGGCAUUGGAAUUCAAGGUACAGAUACAGAAGGUGGCGCAAAAGGAGAAGAACAACCCAUUAAUUCCCCGUGGGAUGUAAUUUUGGGAACAUCAGAUUCAGAGGUCCAAAGAGAUGACAUUCUGUGGAUUGCCAUGGCAGGGACUCAUCAAAUAUGGGCACUCCUUCUGGACUCUGGCAAACUGCCAAAGAAAAGUGAGUUAAAAAAAGGAACCUGCCUUCGGUUUGCUGGCAGUGGAAAUGAAGAGAAUCGGAACAACGCCUAUCCACACAAGGCCGGCUUCGCCCAGCCCUCGGGCCUUUCCCUGGCCUCCGGGGAGCCCUGGAGCUGCCUAUUUGUGGUAGAUAGUGAGAGCAGUACAGUGAGAACAGUCUCUCUGAAAGAUGGAGCGGUGAAGCACCUCGUGGGAGGAGAACGAGAUCCCAUGAAUUUAUUUGCUUUUGGUGAUGUUGAUGGAGUAGGAAUCAAUGCAAAGCUUCAGCACCCCCUUGGAGUAACAUGGGACAAGAAAAGGAAUUUACUGUAUGUGGCGGACUCCUACAAUCACAAGAUUAAAGUUGUGGAUCCAAAAACAAAAAACUGUAUGACAUUAGCAGGAACCGGAGACACAAAUAAUGUUAUCAGUUCCAGCUUUGCUGAGUCAACUUUCAAUGAACCUGGAGGUUUAUGUAUUGGAGAGAAUGGUCAGUUGUUAUAUGUAGCAGACACCAAUAAUCAUCAGAUUAAAGUAAUGGAUUUAGAAACAAAAACAAUUUCUGUGCUUCCCAUCUUCACAUCUGAAAAUGCUACAGUAGAUGGCCCAUUCCCAGCAGAAAAACAGAGGACAUUACCCAAACUGCCUAAAUCUGCUCCCAGCAUUGGGCUUCCCGCCAUGACCGUGUGUCCUGGGCAGACUCUUCAGUUCAAACUGAGAUUAGAGCUCCCGUCGGGAACCAAGCUAACGGAAGGAGUCCCCAGCUGCUGGUUUCUAUCAGCUGACGGCAAUGAAUGGCUUCUUCAAGGACAGACACCAUCUGGAGACAUAGAGAACAUUUCUAAUCAGCCGACGAUUUCACUUCAGAUUCCUGGUGAUUGCUUGUCACUUGAAGCCAUUGUAUCUAUCAGCGUGUUUCUUUAUUACUGUAGUGCAGAUAGCAGUGCCUGCAUGAUGAAGGCAAUUUUGUUCAGCCAGCCUCUGCAGAUAACUGACACACAGCAAGGUCACGUGGCUCCGGUAGAGCUCAGGUAUGUGUUCUAGCAGUCCAUCGCCACAGCCCCACCCUCAUCCUUCCCAUUGCUGUAACUUAAGAAGAAAUUAUUCCUGCCUCUGGAUACCAAGACACCCAUUACACAGUUCAAGCAACUGAUGUUAAAAUAAAGCUAUGCUCCUUA